CCUCCUCCCUCCCUGUUCUUAGAGGCCAUUUUAUACAGGGAAUCGCAUGAGAACAGGCACCACGCAGAUUCACAGUUCAUCGAAUUCAUCUCUUUAUACGCGUGUAUCCAGAGAAGCAUUGAUCGGAUCCGCUACACUUGGAGUUGUCUUUGUGGCUGGUUAUUACAUUGGCAAAAGAAGAUCCACAUUUUCCAUGGACAUCUUCAAGAGUCACUCUGGGGCAAAAGAUAACCCCUUGAUGCAGUAUGUCCUCAAUCAUUCAAUGAGGGAGCAUCCGGCGCUGAAAAAACUCAGACUGAGGACCAUGGAUGAUUCCUGGAACUUCAUCAUGGUUGCCGCUGAGCAAUCACAGCUGAUGGCUAACCUGGCAAGACUCAUCAAAGCCAAGAAAGCUAUAGAAAUCGGCGUGUACACAGGGUACAAUACUCUGAGCAUAGCGCUGGUUUUGCCAGACGACGGGAAGAUGGUGGCCUGUGACAUCAAAGACGAAUACCCCAACAUCGGCAAACCCUUCUGGAAAGAGGCUGGAGUGGAGAAUAAAAUAGAUCUACGGAUCCAGCCGGCAUUGGAAACUCUCGUUGACCUCCUGGCCAAUGGCGAGGCCGAGACGUUCGACUUCGUCUUCAUCGACGCAGACAAAGCAAACUACGACAGCUACUACGAAAAAUCCCUCCAGCUAGUGAGAAAAGGAGGGAUUAUUGCCAUUGAUAACGUUCUGUGGAGUGGGAAGGUGGUGAACCCUGCAUCUGAUGACAUAGACACCCAGGCCAUUGACAAGCUGAACAAGAAGUUGUACCGGGAUGUCAGGAUCAACAUCAGCAUGCUCACUGUGGGAGAUGGGUUAACGCUGGCCUUCAAACUGUAACACUAUGUAGGAGACAGGUCCUAACUGUAGGACUACAUGGGAAAUUGGCCAACACUGGCCUAUACUGUAGAAUGUAAUUAGUGACGGGUUAUGAUUGACCAACACUGGCCUCUACUGUAGAAUGUAAUUAGUAAGAAGUAGCUUUGCGUUAUGAUAAUCAGAUAGUACUUGCCAUCUUUUUGGUACAAGUGCUGACUUUUCAAAUUGUUGUUUAUGUCAUUAAAUCCAUUAGUGUAAUGCUGCCACUGAAUAUCUGUGACCUGAAGGUUUAAAUGCUGCCACUGAAUAUCUGUGACCUGAAGGUUUAAAUGCUGCCACUGAAUAUCUGUGACCUGAAGGUUUAAAUGCUGCCAUUGAACAUCUGUGACCUGAAGAGGUUUAAAUGCUGCCACUGAAUAUCUGUGACCUGAAGGUUUAAAUGCUGCCACUGAAUAUCUGUGACCUGAAGGUUUAAAUGCUGCCACUGAAUAUCUGUGACCUGAAGGUUUAAAUGCUGCCACUGAAUAUCUGUGACCUGAAGAGGUUUAAAUGCUGCCACUGAAUAUCUGUGACCUGAAGAGGUUUAAAUGCUGCCACUGAAUAUCUGUGACCUGAAGAGGUUUAAAUGCUUUUUGCCAACCGUUACUUUAGACAAAAUCAAGACUUAAAUAUUCUUGUAAUGUUUUUUGUCUGGAAAAUCUUAAAUUACAGCUUAAUUUUAGAAAUAACCAAAGUAAUAUAUGGGUAAUGCUUACAGUUAUACACAUUGUACUCAGGUGAGUCAUACUUUCACUGUAUACAUGUUUGUUUUUAAAUGUUCGUUAUGGUUGAGCUGUACAUUAAAUUGUAAAACAAG